AUGGCGGACAUAGCAAACCUGCUCCAGGGCUUGGUGAGGAAGCAAACUGAGCACGAUGCAAAAUGGGAGCAGGAAAAGCUACAGCAGGAGAACCGGUGGCAGUCCAUGGAGCGCCGGGUGGACCAGCUUCAGCAGGAGGUGAAAGCUGAGCGUCCAGAUACUCCUCCAGUGGUGGUCGGUGCAGCACCUGCAGCUCAAGCAGAAAGCCCCAAUGUUCCAGCUAUGUUGCACGAGGAAGAGCAGGGGUGGAGUGGACCACUGGCGCCGACGCUGCGGGACCUGGACGCGACUUAA